AUGAAAUCUCACUUCCAUUCCUCACUCCUCCCUUCACUCCGUCGCUUCUACCUCUUAAACCCCAAGCCCCUCUCCUCACAACCACCACCGCCGCCGCAAAUCCAUUCUCCGGCGAACCCAAUUCCACAAUCCUCCGAUUCAACCCAAACCCACCUCCUCAACACUCUUCUUUCCCACAAGACCGAUCCCAGUUCCGCUCUCGACCUCCUCAAACGCGCUGAAGCUCACCCAGGCGUUGUCCACGGCGCCGACACCGUCGCCGUCUUGCUUCACAUCUUACUGGGCUUUCCAGAGACUCGCGGGCGCGCCAAGACAUUGCUUAACCGCUACGUUUCCGGCGACUCCGGCCCUCCUCCGGCAGUCUUUCUCGAUCGUUUGCUGGACUGCGCAAAGAGGUUCGGUUUUGAUUUAGAUUCAGAUUCUCUGGUUUUCAGUUACUUGUUGAAUAGCUAUGUUAGAGCCAAUCGAAUAGGGGAUGCUGUUGAUUGCUUUAAUAGAAUGGUGGAGCUUGAGUUAUAUGCUGGUGUUGAAUAUAUGAACAUUGUGUUGACGGCAUUGGUUAGGAGGAAUAUGUUUGAGGAAGCACGAGAGUUGUAUGGUAAAAUGGUUGAGAGAGGAGUUGGCGGUGAUUGCGCCACUCUACAUGUCAUGAUGCGUGCUUGUUUGAAGGAGGGGAAGCCGGAGGAGGCUGAGGAGUACUUUCGGAAGGCAAGGGGGAGAGGGAUAGCAGCUGAUGCCGCAUUGUAUGAUGUGGCGAUUGGGGCUGUUUGUAAGACUCCCGAAUCGCGUUUGGCUUUGGUGUUGUUGGGUGAAAUGAGAGAAAUGGGGUGGGUUCCUUCCGGGCGUACGUAUACUAGUGUGAUUGGGGCGUGUGUGAAGCAGGGGAAUAUGGUGGAGGCGCUAAGGCUCAAGGAUGAAAUGGUGAGUUGUGGGGAAUCGAUUGAUUUGGUUGUUGCUACAAGCUUGAUGAAGGGUUAUUGUGCGCAAGGGAAGUUGGAUGCCGCUUUGGAUUUGUUCAACAUGAUUAUGCAGGAUGGACUUAUUCCUAACAGAAUCACUUAUGCAACUGUGAUAGGAUGUUGCUGUAAGAAUGGGAACAUGGAAAGGGCAUAUGAGCUUUACACCAAAAUGAAACAGAUGGGUAUUUUGCCUGAUGAGUUCAUUGUGAAUCAUUUGGUGCGUGGAUUUUUGAAAUGUCGGUUACUUGAAGACGCGUCUAAGUUGUUUGACGAGGCAGUUGACUACGGUAUUGCAAAUGUCUUCUUGUACAAUAAUUUCUUAGCAUGGCUUUGUAGGGAGGGUAAAGUAAGUGAAGCCCGUAGUUUAUGGGAUAAGAUGAUGCGUAAUGGUGUGAUACCUAAUGCGGUUUCCUACAACAACAUGAUACAUGGCUAUUGCAGAAUAGGGGAUAUGGAUUGUGCAAAUAAUGAAUUUUUGGAGAUGACACAAAGGGGUUUGGAACCUACUGUUUUUACUUACUCUAUUUUGAUGAAUGGGUAUUUCAGGAACGGUAAUGCCGAACGUGCUUUUAAUGUCUUUGAUGAUAUGGUGGAUGCAAAGAAAAUCCCCACAGGCUACACAAUUAACAUUGUCAUUGAUGGCCUAUGCAAAGUUGGCCAGACAACUGUGGCAAGUGAUCUUUUGAAGAAAUUUCUUGAGAAGGGUUUUAUUCCUGGAUGUAUGACUUAUAAUAGUAUUAUACAUGGGUUUUCCAGGGAGGGUGCCAUGAAUUCUGCACUGAAUGUUUAUAGAGAAAUGUGUGAAGGUGGAGUCACUCCAACUGUUAUCACCUACACCAGCCUUAUUAAUGGGUUAUGCAAAAGCAAUAAGAUAGAUCUUGCUUUAGAAAUGUGGCAUGAAAUGAAAACUAAGGGCAUCAAAAUGGAUGUUACAGCAUACUCUGCUAUCAUUGAUGGGUUUUGCAAAAGGCGAGACAUGAAAAGUGCCCGCGAACUUUUCUCAGAACUUCUGGAAGUUGGUUUAUCUCCAAAUACAGGUGUUUAUACUAGCAUGAUUUGUGGCUUCCGGAAUGUAAAUGACAUGGAAGCAGCUAUUGAGUUACAUAAGAAAAUGAUAACUGAAGGCAUUCCAUGUGAUGUGAAAACGUACACUGCAUUAAUCAAUGGACUGCUAAGAAAGGGUGAUUUACAAUCUGCAUCAGAUCUUUACUCAAAGAUGCUUUCGAAGGGAAUUACACCUGAUAUCAACACAUAUACAGUUCUAAUAAAUGGCCUUUGUUGCAAACGACAAUUGGAGAAGGCACGCAAAACCUUGGAAUACAUGAAUAGAAGGAGAAUGACUGCUAGGGUUCAUAUUUAUACUGCUUUGAUUGUUGGGCACUUCAAGGAGGGGAAUUUGCAAGAAUCGUUUAGGUUGCACGAUGAAAUGCUAGACAAAGGCCUCAUACCUGAUGACAUUACUUGUGAUAUUCUUAUAAAUGGAAAGUUCAAAGGCAUAAGUGCUCUUCCGAGGACUUCAAGAGUCUAG